CAUUAGAAUAUACCAAAGCAAUAAAGAAAGAAACCAGUUGUAGAAAUAUAGGAAAAUCGACAACCUCAAAAAUGGAAAACAUCAAUAUUCCUAAUACAGAAUUUAUGAGAACAACAAUAACAAAAGCAAUAUUCAUAAAAGAAACACUAAAAUACAUCCAGGAAAGAGUGGGAUCACAAACUGAAAAGCGUGUGAAGCAAUUACAAAACACAUGA